UUUUGUUUGAAACCGCACUCACUGAGAACUACCAAUAUUUAAUUAUUGUUGUUGUUGGUUUUACUUAUGUACAUGUACGAGUACUUUAAUUUCUUGUUUUGCACUUGGAACAAACAGUCGUUUGGUUCGAUAUAUUCUUUCCGUUGCAGUGUUCAAAAUACACAGGAACAAUGAAGAAGUUCCUGUUUUUGGUGAUAGUUUUAAUAUCAUGGAUAAAGAAUAGCUCCGGCUCAGAUAGUUCAUAUAUAGACCUGUUGGAUCGGCAGAAUAAUAAAGACUCUUUGUCUUUGGGAGAAGGACAUCCACCAAGUGAUAGAUUCAAACGACAAGCAGUGUUUCAAAACCCGAAUAAAAAGUAUUCAGAAUGUAUGACUCCAACUGGGCAUCCUGGACACUGCACGCAUAUUAUGUACUGCCGGAUGCCGGAGCUCAAAAAUGAUGUUUGGAGAAUUGUCGAUCAGCUAUGUGUCAUUGAAAAAUCUUCCAUUGGCAUUUGCUGCCCAGAUGAUUACCGCUCGGGGGCUAAUUCGAUAUCUAUUCCUGAAAUAAUAACAAACAUCAAUGAUAACCGUAUAAAUGGAGAAACUAGAAUCGUUAACAGACCUGAAGAACGCGGUUGUGGCAUAACGACAAAACAAUUUCCUCGGAUAGCUGGUGGAAGACCCGCCGAGCCGGAUGAAUGGCCAUGGAUGGCGGCAAUUCUUCGUCAUAAUGUGCCCCAUAUUCAUUGUGGCGGAGUUCUGAUCACUGAUAGAACUGUAUUGACAGCGGCGCAUUGUGUGCACAAUGUUUUAAGAGACGAUAUAUUUGUUCGCUUGGGCGAAUACGAUUUUGAACUUUUCAAUGAAACUCGUUCGAGGGACUUUCGUGUCAAUAGCAUAAUUCAUCAUAUAGACUUUGAUGCACAAACUUAUCAAAAUGAUAUAGCUUUACUCCGAGUGGAAAGACCGGCCCUAUUCAAUACCUACAUUUGGCCAAUAUGUAUUCCACCACCUGGAGAGAAUUGGGAAGGUUGGAAUGCUAUUGUUACGGGCUGGGGCACCUUGUUCUUCAGUGGUCCGCAUUCGAAAGUUCUCAUGGAGGUGAGUGUUCCUGUGUGGAAGCAGAAUGUUUGCGAGAAGCUAUUUGUGGAACGCAUUGACGACACUUUACUGUGCGCUGGAGCUGCUGAAGGCGGUCGUGAUUCGUGCCAGGGCGAUAGCGGAGGACCUCUGAUGGCUCAACUACCCAACCGUCGAUGGGUUGUAAUCGGUCUCGUUUCGUGGGGCUUACGUUGUGGUGAAACAAAUCGUCCCGGACUAUAUACACGAAUUGAUAAAUAUUUAUCCUGGAUUCUUGAAAAUGCAAAUUAAUUAUGAUCUAUUCGAUUAAAGUAAUUUUUCAGUAAAUUUGUAUGUAUAUUUAUUGAUCACUUAAUCCGUCAAGUAAAGAAUAAAAAUAACACAACCUAAACAACUAAAUAAAAUAA